UGUUGGAUGUGGGAGACAUCCGAGGAGUUUCGAUUGGUAUGACUUUGGACAGAGCACUUGACAAGUUUUGUUUACAAAUGUAAAGAUCAUGUUACGUAGAUACAUACUGUCACUUCGGUCAAGAGAAAUAGUGAAAUGCCAGAAACGAUUACUGAGCUUGGAUGCAGUUGCACCGAUUGGGACUGCAAUCAAAAAAGAUGCAAAUUACAAGGAAAAUGCAGAGACGAUGCAGGUUCUUGUGGAUGACCUGAAAUCAAAAGUCACUAAAAUUAUGCAAGGUGGGGGCGAGGCAGCUCGGAAGAAGCACACUGACCGGGGAAAGAUGUUACCCAGGGACAGGAUCAACUCCCUGCUGGACCCACAGUCCCCGUUCCUGGAGCUGAGUCAGUUAGCAGGGUACCAGCUGUAUGGAGAGGAUGAUGUCCCUGCGGGGGGCAUCAUCACCGGGAUAGGGCGGGUGUCAGGGGUGGAGUGUAUGAUUGUAGCCAAUGAUCCAACAGUUAAGGGUGGGUCCUACUAUCCUGUGACGGUCAAGAAACACUUGAGGGCCCAGGAAAUUGCACAACAAAACCAUCUACCCUGUAUAUAUCUAGUGGACUCCGGUGGUGCCAACCUGCCCCGGCAGGAGGAUGUGUUCCCAGACAGGGACCACUUUGGACGAAUCUUCUUCAACCAGGCCAACAUGUCUGCCCUCAAAAUACCUCAGAUAGCAGUGGUGCUAGGAAGUUGUACAGCAGGAGGGGCCUAUGUACCAGCCAUGGCCGACGAAAGCAUCAUCGUCAAAAAACACGGAACCAUCUUCUUAGGAGGACCUCCACUGGUGAAGGCAGCUACAGGGGAAGAAGUAUCAGCCACUGACCUUGGAGGGGCUCAGUUACACUGCAGUAAGUCAGGUGUGACCGAUUACUUUGCUCAGGACGACAUUCACGCUCUUCACUUGGCGAGGCGAUGUAUCAAGAACAUCAACUACUCCAAAGACCCCAAGGUUACCUUGGAGACCCCAGAGGAACCAAUCCAUCCUGCUGAAGAGUUGUAUGGAAUUGUGGGAGCUAAUCUAAAGAAAACCUUUGAUGUUAGAGAGGUGAUAGCUAGAAUUGUAGAUGGAAGUAAAUUUGAUGAAUUUAAAACAAUGUACGGGGAAACUCUAGUCACAGGAUUUGCCAGACUAUGGGGGUAUCCUGUAGGAAUUCUGGGAAAUAACGGAGUAUUAUUUAGUGAAUCGGCAUUAAAGGGAACACAUUUUAUAGAACUUUGUUGCCAGAGAAACAUACCUCUUAUAUUUCUUCAAAACAUUACUGGUUUUAUGGUUGGUCGAGAUGCCGAGGCCGGGGGCAUCGCCAAAAACGGAGCCAAGAUGGUAACCGCUGUAGCGUGUGCCAAAGUUCCCAAGUUUACUGUGAUAAUCGGAGGUUCCUAUGGAGCAGGGAAUUAUGGGAUGUGUGGCAGGGCCUACAGCCCACGAUUUCUGUACAUGUGGCCAAAUGCCAGAAUAUCUGUGAUGGGAGGGGAACAGGCGGCCAGUGUUCUCGCCCAGAUCACGCGGGAACAGAGGAUCAAGGCCGGGAAAACGCUGACACCUGAUGAAGAGGAAGCCAUUAAGAUUCCUGUGAUUAAGAAGUAUGAGAAAGAGGGUCAUCCAUACUAUGCCAGUUCUAGGUUAUGGGAUGAUGGUGUGAUUGACCCAGCGGACACACGAACAGUACUUGGACUCAGUCUCAGCGCAUCCCUCAACGCCCCGCAACAACACACACAUUUCGGAGUGUUCAGGAUGUAGUGAACAACCUUAUUACAAUCUCCAAUCCCCUCCCCAAACUAAAUAGCAUCUUCAUAAAUAUUCAUUAUUUGUUCAUUAAUAUUCAGACAUAUUAUGAAUAUUUAUGACAUAUAUAUGAAUAUGUAUGACUUGCACAUGAAUAUUCAUAAGAGUGAACGCUAUUUAUCAUUCAUGCUAUGAACUAGUUCGAAUCUCCAUGAACUAGUAUGCAGCAUGCAUUUGUGUGAACAGUUAUAUAUAUAUAGAUGUGUGUUUUAUGAAACAAGUGUUGAGCACAGAACGACAUCACUGGGAGUAAUAAUAUUGUGAAAAAUCGGACCAACAUGCAUAUCCUUAGUAAUGGUGCAGUGGAUUAAUAUUCAAGAAGGAGGAAGAAAUAUUUCUCUCAUUGUGUCAUCAUGAAAUACACGUCGUAAGUGGCAGUUAAAAUAACAUAAUCACGACAAAAAGGGAAAGAAAAUACUCACUGGCAAGCAAAAAUCAUUUUAUCCAAUGCAUAGAAUUUUUUGUGUCAGAAUUUAAGUAUACAUGUAUGAAUAGAAUGUUUAUGUCUGGCAUUUAGUAUUAAAAUUGUAUGAUUUCUA